AUGGUUCAAAUGAUUUGGCGACAUGGUGAUCGCGCACCUGGAGAGUUACCCUACCCAAAUGAUAGAUAUAAUGAAACGUUUUGGCCGAGAGGUUGGGAUCAAUUGACAAAUGUGAGCUCUAAAUUGACAAAUUGUGUGAACUGUUUCAAAAAAAAUUAUUUUACAGAGAGGAAUCUGGCAGGGUACCGAGCUUGGUAUUUUCUUCCGACAAUAUUACAAUUCUAGUGGAUUUUUACAACAAUUUGACAAAGAUCAAGUUUAUGCUUUAUCCAGUGAAUCCGAAAGGGCAAUAAAUACUGCGCAAGCAUUUUUGGCUGGAGCUUAUCCACCAACUGGAAAUUUUGUUUGGGAAUCAUCUUACCUGAAAUAUUGGCAACCUACACCGUUGCAUACAACUGGUGCUGGACCAGAUCCACUUCUUCGCCCAACAAAAAUCGAAUGUCCAAAUUAUGAUAAAGUUGCGGCUGAAGAAGAAGCGCCAGUUGCUGCGACGGUCAAUCAACAAUAUGCCACAUUAUUCACUUGGCUUCAAAAUGUGACUGGAAUUGAUGAAAUAAAUUAUGAUAAUAUAAAUGAUUUGUAUGAUAUUCAAAGAGAAAUUGAUCAUAAUAUGCCGCAACCAAAAUGGGUAAUGCAGGUUUGGAAUGGAACUACAAUAAUGGAUCAUAUCCGAGAAUUGAAACGAGUUACACGAACCCAACAAUUCAACUCGGCACAAAAAGCAAAAUUCAGAGGUGGUUUUUUGGUCAAUCAAUUCAUUCAAAAUAUGCUUGAUUAUAAUUCAAAUUCCUCAACCAUCAAUACUUAUCUUUAUUCAUCUCACGAUGGAACACUUUCUGCCCUUGGUUAUGCGUUAAAUGUAUCUGAUAGUCAACUUGUUCCAUAUGUUGCUACUUACAUUGUUGAACUUUAUGAUGACAACACUGUACAGGUUUUAUAUCGAAAUUCCACAUCAAACCCAUAUUCCUUAACGAUUCCCGGUUGUGAACAGUUUUGUCCGUUAGAUCAAUUUGUAUCGUUAUUGGCUGAUGUGAGAGUGCAAUCAUUGAACGAUUUAUAUACAAUUUGUGGAACUUAUGAAUCGACUACACAAAAUUCAGAUGAUUAA